AUGUACGCGGCCAUGGUGCUCGGCGACGGCGUGGUCAAGGCAGCGCUGGUGCAGCGCGCGGUGCUGGCUCCUCUGUUCGAGGUCACCGCCUUCCUGCCGCCGCCGCUGGCGCUGACGGUGGUGAGCGCGGUGAGGGCGCUGACCGUGGACCCGACCACGCUGGGCCCGCUGGCCGACGCCAGCGGCGUCGCCUUCCUCGUUGCCCAGCUGGCGCGCGCGGGAGAGCCCCUGCUCCAGGACCAGGCGCUGUCCGCCCUGCACAGGAUGGCCGCGGCAGACAGAGCGCGGCAGGAGCAGGCGGCGGUGGCGGGCGCGGUGCCCUUUCUGUGCCAGCUGGGCAUCCUGCCCCAGCGCGGCGCGGACGAAGCGUGCCAGGUGGAGGUGCUGGAUGCGCUGGCGGCCUGGCUGGCGGCUGACGCGCCGCGCAUCGAGGCGCGGCUGGCCGCCGGCGAUGCGCAAACGCGCCUGGUCACCCUCGUCCCCGUCAUGUCCACCGCGGGGGAGGGCGACGCGCUGUGCGCGCUGCUCGUCCCCCUGCAGCGCCUGCUGUCGCUUUCGCCGCGCAUGGCGCGCGAGCUGGCGCAGAAUGGGCUGGUGCCACGCGUGACUGAGCUCCUGCGCCGGCCGACCUCCCCCACCACGCUGCCCGCGCUGGACGUGCUGGCCACGCUGGUGGCAGCCGCCGCGCAGCCACGCGCGUUGGCCGCGCGCUUCCGCCUCGCCCAGGUGCUCGUGCCGCUGGCGGGCCAGGCGGGCAUGCAGCCGGGCGUAGCCGAGAAGGUGGCCCAGCUCCUGCAGGCCAUACGCGGGUGA